AGGAUCUUGCUAUAAAAAGCGAUUAACCGUUCUACUGAAAUGGAAAGCAAUGGAGGAAGCUGAACUAGAGAAACAACGACGUAUGGUAACGAAAUCAUCAAACAAGAGAAAACCCUUUUCUAACCUCACUAACGUCAUCCGAAAACCCAACCACACAGUCCACACUUACUCAUUCUCUCAAUCGAAGAAGCCUGGAUCUUCCACCGCCUCUGAUUCAAGUGUCGGAACCACCCAAUCUCGGAUCCAUGCCGUUCCGUCGGACCACCCUCUUCCUUCUACCCCUCAGAGACUCACACGUGAUCAUUUGGUUGGUGAUGAGAAUCAUCUAGCGUAUGCUCGAAGAUGGAGCGCACAGACAACCAGGAGCAAUGUGAAGGAUGCUGUGCAGGAAACUAGGAGCAAUGGGAAGGGAAAUCAGUCUUGUCUGGAUAAAACGACGAACGAUGGGAAGGGGAAAUCUGUGGUUCUUCAAUGCUCUUCAAUGGAGAAGAUUAAGGACAAAAGGGAAGCUAUCGAUGUGCCAUUUAGUGCCCAUCACAUGAAGAAUGCAAAAACUAGCAUGGACGCUCUUAUUCCUCAUUCUACCGUGAAAAUAAAGGAUAAAGUGAAGGAAAAAGAUGUGCAAUCUAAUUCUUCUAUGCGGAGCACAAACAUUAACACAUCCUUUAUAAUGCCUCCUUUACUGAAGAGAAAGGAUAAAGGAAAGGCAAUUGCUGUGCCACCUGAUUAUCCUCCUGUGAAGAAAGUGAAGAACAAUAUGGUGGAAGUCCGUGUGCCUCUUUCUGGAGUGAAGAUUAAGGAUAGAGGGGAAACAGACAAGGGUUCUAGUCGUGUUGAUCUUGCCCAAAAAGAUAAAGGGAAGGCAAUCGCUACACCUAUCAGUUAUCGUACUCUGGGGAAGAAAGAUAAAAGAAGUAGCUGUCCACCUCUUUUGAGGACCACCGGCAAUAGGAAUGAAGUUGAUGAAGCAGAAGAUAUAUUCCAAUCUAACCCACAAACAGAUCCUCCUCUCAAUAAAAAGAAGAAAAGAUGCUCAUCAACGAAAGGUGUGGAAGAAUAUGCAUUACCACAAGAUUUUGUUGAGCAGCAAAGAGCUUACUUUCAAGAAAUCGAUGAGUUUGAACUACAAGUUGAGGAAGUAUGAGUUUAAAAGAAAGAGGAGAAUAACUUCAUUACUUAGGUAACACUGUCUUAACCUGUUUUAGUUUCUCGUAUAAAUAUGUCAAAAUCUCCUAAGAAAGAUCAACAACUUGACCACAAGAUGGUGCUGUGUAAUGACCUUCUUACCCUCGAGACUAAAGGUCAUUCCUAGACGUGUAAAUCUGAUGGCUUAGGUGAAUAAAAAUCUUACCAUGUUUUUCGUC